GGCUUUAACAGUAAAGCGGAGGCAGAGGGGAGGAGAAGACGCCAAGACGCCCGGGGAGGCAGGAGCAGGGGCCGGAGCCGGACGCCACGGCUGGGAGCAGCGAUGGCAGAUGCCUUCAUCCGGCACAUUGAGCUGCUGGGCUACGAGAAAAGGUUUUUCCCCAGCCAGCACUAUGUCUACAUGUUCCUGGUGAAGUGGAACGACCUCUCUGAAAAGCUCGUCUACCGCCGGUUUACAGAGAUAUACGAGUUCCACAAAGCGCUGAAGGAGAUGUUCCCCAUUGAAUCCGGGGACAUCAACAUGGAGAACCGGAUCAUCCCACACUUGCCAGCCCCAAAGUGGUUUGAUGGCCAGCGCUCAACCCAGAGCAGGCAGGGCACGCUGGCCGAGUACUGCCACGCACUGAUCAACCUGCCCCACAAGAUCUCCCGGUGCCCGCAUGUGAUCAGCUUCUUCAAGGUCCGUCCCAACGACACGAACCCUGUCACGGACAGCCAGAUGAAGAAGCCCGAGGUCUUCCUCCUGCCAAAGGAUGCCAAGAAAAACCUCACCGAUAUCACGGGCCCCAUUGUCCUGCAAACCUACCGAGCCAUCGCUGACUAUGAGAAGAGCUCCACCUCCGAGAUGGCUAUCAAAGCUGGGGACAUGGUGGACAUCGUGGAGAAGAGUGAGAAUGGCUGGUGGUUUUGCCAGUUGAAGAAUAAACGGGGCUGGGUGCCAGCUGCCUAUCUGGAGCCGAUGGAUGGUCCUGACGAGUCUGAAGAGCAGGAGCCCAACUAUGAAGGUGAGCAGUACAUUGUCCAGAAAAGCUACACAGCCGUGCAGGAGGACGAGCUGACCCUCAAGGAGGGUGACACCAUCGAAGUCAUCCACAAGCUCCUUGAUGGCUGGUGGGUCAUCAGGAAGGAUGAAACCACGGGUUAUUACCCCUCCAUGUACCUGCAGAAAGACGGGGAGGCGAACACCUCUGUGAAGAGUGAGCUGAGGAACCGGAGUGCUCCUCCACGAAGAUCCACCAUCCGAAAUGUGAAGAGCAUCCACAAGCAGACGCGGAAGCAGAUCAGCCAGGAGACCUACAGGAGGAACAGCAAGAAGUACAUCCAGAGCCGGAGAAACACAAAGGAAAAUUUCCUGAACAAGGCCAAUGUCAUCAGUGAGAAAAACGAGCAAGAAGAGAACAAGCCCAAGGCUCAACCUUGUGAAGCCUCAGCCCCCCCAGCCUUCAUCUCCACCAGCUCCUGCGCAGCUGGGGCUCAGAGCCAGACUGGGGGAUCCAGGUGGCCCUGA